AUGAAGUCUGCUCCAGAGGCCAAGAUCCCACCAGUCAGGAUCAUCUUGCGCAUCGCAACGCGCCGUCCGGAGCCAGAUCGACAAGGGGAUAGUUCGGGGACACUUUUGCCCGAACAGAACAAGGCCGGAUACCCUACAACAUCGGGGAAAUCUCUUGAAACUUUGGAAUUGAUACGGAAGCUCAACGAAUCUGCAACGUCGGCUGCGCGGGAUAAAGCUGAGCUUGGUGUCACUGGACAAUUCACAACUUCGGGGAAGACUCUUCAAACUUUGAAAUUGAUACGGAAGCUCGACAAAUCUGCGAGUUUAGUUGAGCAGGAUAUCGGUGGCAUAGCCCACCCAGGUACAAAAAGGCGGAAUCGAGCUGCCUACGUUGAAUCGGACGACGAGACGAGUACAUACGAAAUUUUCCAUGCUGUAGAGGUUGAACCUGAAGACCCUGCUGGAAAGAUACGGGAAAUAAGCGAAGCGAGAGACCUGGACUCGGGAAUUGAAUUCCUAUCUGACAGUCCAUCUGUUGAUCUCCGAAAGCGAAAAAGGUUUGAUUGCCUUGAUUCUUCAGACUCAGACCAAGGAGAGUCGCCCACAACGAGGAGGGUUUUUGGGGAAAAGCGUCUCCCAGCGCCUCCCUCAGGUUUCUCUACUACUCUGAGCGAGACGUCUGUCGAAUUUCCUGAACCUCUGGAAGAAGACAAAGAAAAGCCAUUGCGGAGACCCGGAGAGAAACGCCUCCCGAAUCUCGCUUUGUGCGAGCAGAAGAAGCGCGGAGAGAAGAGUCCUGUUUACUUUAGAGCUCAUCCCUAUCCAAACAAUAAACCCCCAUUGUAUCGUCACAAGAUUCGACAAUGGCGCCUAGUGCUAGUACGGCAGAAUCGUCCUGGCCUUGACCAUGGCGAAUUCGAAGGUAUACCGGUUCGUCAUUGGAGUCGCGAUUAUGUGACCGUAGCUCCUCCUCCAAACCAAGACAGUGCGACCAAUCAGAAUGACAUCUGGGCCGUCGAACUGCCUCACGGGAUGCCGAAAGACUCGCAUCUGUUACCUCAACAUAGCCAAGAUCUUUUGCGCGCUGCUCGAGCCGGGAAGAUAUAUAAACGUCCAGCUCCUGCAGAUGAAGAAGAAGCCGAUCCUGAAGCAAUCGUUGGUGAUAAGCCCGACAAGAAAGAUGACGAUAUACUGGAGAAGGGCUUCACUGUGAAAUCGUGGAAACUAACGCCACGUCACCUGGAGGGGCCAGAUGUCUCUUACCUAGCCAAAAGAAGGCCAGGUUUAGGUAAUGCGUCGUUGAAGUCUUCAGUGCCAGUAGCAACUGUCAUCAAAGCCACAGUAAAACGAAUCGAUGCGGCAGGGAACGAGUAUGUGCAAGACGUUGUAGUACCACAGGGUCAGACAGUCGAAGGCGAAGUUCUCUCGCAGACACAGAUUCCAGAUCCCAACGCACCUGUUGACUUGACGGCUGCACAUGCCACGCCUCCGAAACGCAGACCCGCAACCAAAAGGAAGGCCAAAGGGCCUGGACGAGGAAGGAAGAAGAAGCCAGUUGCACCUACCAGUGUCCCACUGGCUACGCCAAUCGAUGGGUCAGUCCCUAACACAUCAACCGAGAGAACGGUUGCUCCUGAUACUAAGUGUGAUGAGGGUGCCAAGAACGAAGGCAGUACUUCGACUCCAACAGUGCAGGAAGACAUAGAGAUGGGCGAUGGCUCACAAGCUAACUCAGACGAUGAGGACGGUGACGAUGGCGAUGAAGGGGAUGAGGGUGAGGACGACGAAGCAUCUGAGGAUAUGCAAGACUCGGUAUCCAAGGCCGCUCAAGAAUCUUCACUCUCCGAACUUUCAGUCCCGUCCAUGCCUCCGAUCCCGCCGCUUGAACCCGUAGACUCUACUAUGGGCGGCACUGAGAGCAAUCAUGCACCUCCCAAGCUUAUGGCGGAUAGAGUUGAGGGAAAAUCCGGAAGCCCGCUGAGACAAGUAGCAAUGACGACUUCAACGGCCGCUUCACCGUUGGAAUCUUCCGCAACACCGUUUCAAAAUAUUGCACCUACCGAAAAAUCCGAAUCUCUUCCUUCUGUACCUGAAGCAGGGGCACUCAAUUCAGAAAUGCAGCAACAAGCCUCGGAGACGGCCCCAACAAGCCUGCCCUCACCACCGCCUAAACCUACAAUGGCCGAAGUCGAAGCAGCUGUCAAUGAACGGCAAGAAGAGGAGGAGGAAGAGCAAAUGCUACUUGAUAUCGCAGAUAAAGCGAAGAUUGGUACCCCGAUAUCCGAAGGCCCUCCGGUCUCAGCGGAGAGUGAGCAGGGAGCAAAAGCGACUCCCCCUGAACAAGCGAGCGUGUCCGCGGCGGCAGAAGAUGACGACGACGAUUAUCCCGAUCUUCUGGGAGGCCUGGAGGAAUCGCUCAAGACGCAGCAGACGAAGGCUGAGACGCCUGCUGCGCCUAAGAGUCCUGAGAAAGUGGUGAUUGAUGAGGAGGGGAAGGAGGAAGGAGCGAAUUCUCAAGAUUCGGAGAUGUUGCUCUAA